CCUGAGAGUUUCCAGUCUCCCAGCUGCAUCGCCUCAGUCAGCGUGCGCAGACGCCACUCAUCCCUCGACUCUCUUGUAGAAGGCACGCAUCGCACACUGAAACCAAACAGAAAUGUUCUGCAGACGGGCAAUACAGAGACUCGGGCCUCUGGCACGAAAGACAAUUACACCCUCAUCCAGAAAUGUUGUUCCAGCACGGCAGAUGUCCUUCGGGAUCCCUGGUGGAUCCUCAAAUGUGGUGUACGUCGUGCUGUGUGGAGGAGGCCUCACGGCGGCCGCAGUCUACGCCUACAAGACAGUGAAUGGUGACAACACAGCAGUCCCCGCUACAAAGAGUGCGGAAGAGGCAGCACCGGUAGCCGUGGCCGUAGAAGCUCCUGCUGAGCCAGCUCCGGUAGAGGUCCCGGCUGCCGAGGUGGUCGUAGAGGCUGUUGCUGCUGUAGAAGAACCAGUAGCGGAGACUGCUGCUGCACCAGAGCCCGUUGCUGAGGUUGUUGCCGAGGCUGUUGUUGAAGCGGUUGCCGUAGAGACCCCAGCAGCUGAAGCGCCGGCGGCCGAAGUGGUUGCAGAGGUUGCGGCUGAGCCAGUCGUCGAGGCUGUUGUAGAGGCCGUUGCCGAGCCUGUCGUUGAGGCGGUGGUGGAGGAGGCAGCACCAGAGGCGGUGGUCGAAGCUCCCGUUGCCGUGGAGGCCGUCGUCGAAGCUCCUGUUGCCGUGGAGGCCAUUGUUGUGGAAGCCGUCGCCGUGGAGGCUGUGGCGCCCGCCGAGGCCCCUGCAGAGGAGAGUGCGGGUACGGUCGUAGAGGAAGUUGCCCCCCCUGCUGAGACCGCCCCUGCCCCAGAGGCCGAGGUGGCGCCCGCCGCUGAGGUCGCAGCAUAGACGGGGGUGGGGUCAGAGGUUAAAGGUUAACCUAGAGGACGGGGUUGGGUUAGUCUUGGUGUCCCCUCCCCCUUACCUACCUUACCCCACCCUGCUCUACCCAAUCCCCAGACCCAAAUCUACAACAUCUGACAAUAAACUGCAGAGGUGGACUUUUAUUCUGUGAGGACACUUUAGUUUAUGCUGAUUCUUAUCUGGGCAAAUCUAGAGCCGUUUUUAACAGUUUGGGCUACUUACCACAUUCACAAACAGUUUUUUAGGAGGAGUGUAAAGAUGAGGGUUUUAGGGAGUGGAAGUUGACGGAGUUUUGAAUGUAUACAGUACAGUUGUCCUGAGUCACUGAGUAACAGCUGUAAAGAUUAAGUGCCCCUUAAAACCCAGGAGACAAAAUGGCACCCUGAUUUCCUUUACUUUGACUGAAUGGUUCAAAGGGGGGAACAUGCCUUCUUACACUAAUCGGGCUGCAGGAUUUCAUGCCAUUUUAAAUCAGUUUGCACUCAUUUUGAUUCGUAAUGGCAAUUCAGAUAAAAGUGCCGGGAACUCCAGCCACCUGAAAACACGAAGCCGGUGAAGGUUUUUAUGCAAAAAUAAGUGUAUCCAUUGGAUUUCAUAAAAUAAGGGAAUGAAACGGCUUGCUAAUUCUGCUGCAUUUUAUUGUGAAAUGUGACCAAAACACCUGUUAGCUCUUGCUCCUGAGCCUCUCCCUCCUCCUCAGCCUUCUCUUCCUCUCCCCCACAGUGCUGCUCUCACACCUUUCUAGAAUGAGAUGAACAAGGUUUUGACGGAGAUAUCAUACAGCUCAAUUAUUUAGGGAGUAGUGGAUAUCCAAUGGGAGCCAAGCGCAACCUUUUUUUGUAAAUGGAACCGUAUAAAACUAUUGUCUGGCUCCCGGGUGUACUUCCUGGUGCUGUAUGUAAUGUCCCUGUCAGAUCCUUCUUUGUCACAUUCUGUACUUCUACUCCAGGGAUAAGUCACUCACUCACCCAAGCACAGACUUAAGAUUGGUUUCCCCUACCCUAAUGCCAAGCUGAGCCCUUUUAGUAAUUGUUGAAAUAAGCUGAUCUUGGAUCAGUGCUUGGGGUGAAAUGACUUCCAGUAAAACCGUCAAACCUUACCAGCAGUUUACAGAACUGAUGCCAGUCUCCCUUCAGUUUACUUCACCUGACUUUAGGGAUUAUCAUUGAUUUUAUUUUUUUACUUUACUUUAUCCACUACCUGCCUCUUGUGGAGUGCUUAUACGUGUAACUGCGAAUCAGUCCACAACUCGUACACUGCACUCAGGCCCUCCUGUAACCAAGGCGCUUCACACACACACACACACACACACACACACACACACACACACACACACACACACACACACGUCAGGCACGUGUGACACUGUAACAAGUGACACACUUCUUUGUGCCUCGCCAGGUGGGUUUCAAUCACCUCACACUUCUGUCUCCAACCUCUAGAAUCUAAGCCAUUUUCUUCAUUUUUUUUUUCUUGUUAUCUUUCUGUGAAAGGAAAGAUCUAGGAAACUCAUGAGCCUCCCCCAAACACGUCUGUUUUCUCUACCAACAUUGGACAUUUUUUACUGUCUGGUAUAUUGUCGCCAUGACCAAGUUAUGCGCCAUCGUGUUAAUCUAGAGAAUGUUUUGCUGACUAAAGUCAUUCAAUAAAGACGUUGUCAUGACA